AUGCGUUCGAGGCUUAGCCGGCACAGAGGGUACCCCACAGCUCGCGGACCCCAGCCGAUGAUCGGCAGCCCGACCCAAAUCAGCGCAGAGUGCGCAGCUGGGUCGAGCGGUACGACACCCCGCAGAGAGGUGAUCGUUGCCGCCGCACCGAUAACAUCGGCCGCGGCUGUCGCGGACCUCUAUGAGGAGGCCCCACAUGAGGGUCCUCCUCAUGCGGAGGCCCGAGAUGCCCAGCUCGGUCAAGGUGAAAUUGGCCUUGCACAAGUGUUGAGUAGCGAGUAUGUCCCGCCUGAGCAGAAAACUUUAAGUUCCACUAAAGGAAGGGGAAGAAGUCAAAGAUUUCAUGACAGCUCUUCGGAAGUAAGCAUCAAUUGUAAUUUCGAAAAAUAUCUGCCUACAGCUUUACGAAAUGAACUUGUUUUCGGCUUGUCAUGUAAAAGAACACAAGCAAGACUUUUGGAAAUACAAGACUUAAAUCUGGAUAAAGCAUUGAAGAUAGCAACGACAAUGGAAUUGUCAGAAAAAGGGACGUUGGAACUCCAGGGAGAUUCAGCUAGCAUCAACAUAGCAGCGGUGAAGAAAUCCCCGAAGUACAAGAAGAAUCCUAAGAAACAAGAAGCAGCAGGGAGUUCAGCAUGCGGAAAAGGGCAUUUGGCAUCCAAAUGUACCUUAAAUCAAAAUGUACGAUGCAACGCUUGUGGGAAGGCAAGCCAUCUGGAACGGGUGUGUUUCCAAGCAAAACAAUCUACAAACCUCCUUGAGGAAGUCUUGAAUCUCAGUGGGGACCAAAAUAAGGCCCGAGCAAAAAUUAAAACGACUCUUGAGAAAGAGAUUGAGUCACUGGGUCGUGUAAAAGUAAAUGUGAAAAGUAGAGAUAAGCAAAUAUCAUUAGAUUUAUUUUUGACGCCGGGUGAGCGUAAACCGCUAUUGGGGCGGGAAUGGAUUUACAGAUUACAGAAUAUGCCUAAAAUUGCAGAAGUUUAUAAAAAAUGCGUUUCAAUAAAUACGAUUGAAAGUACAAUAGAUUCACAAGUUGCAUUACUCAGUAAGGAUUACGAAGCAAAUUUAGAUCCGAAAAGCUUAAAGAACAAAGGUUUACAUGCGGAACUGAAUUUGAAGGAAGGCAAGAUUAACGUCUCUAGAUGGGCAACCCCCAUCGUUCCCGUAUUAAAGAAAAAUAAUCAAGUUAGAAUUUGCGGAGACUUUAGUGUGAUGUUGAAUCCAAACUUAAUUGUAGACGAACUUCCAUUGCCGACAACAAAUGAGCUAUUUACUUCAAUGGAAGGAUGUACAAUUUUCUCAAAGAUCGACCUUCAAAACGCAUAUUUACAACUCGAAGUUAGUAAAGAAGAUUGUGAAUUAUUAACGUUAAAUACCCAUAGAGGAUUGUACAAAUGUAAAAGACUCAUGUACGGAAUCGCGAGCGCGCCGGCAAUUUGGCAAAGAACCAUCGAAAUGAUUUUACAUGAUAUACCAGGCGUAGUGGUGUAUCUAGAUGACAUCCGAAUUGGCAGUAAGAGCAAGCAGGAACAUUGGCAAAAGCUAAAGGAGGUGUCAAGACGAUUACAGAAGCAUAAUGUAAAGAUCAACUUUAGUAAAAGUGAAUUUGCGAAAGAUCGGAUGCAGUAUUAUAGACAAAAACGGUGUACACAAAUAUUCCGAAAAGAUGGAGGCAAUUCGCCAAAUGAGAAGACCACAAAACGUUACAGAAUUGCGAAAUCGGCGGUGCAUGCAAAUGCGGAUUGUUUGUCGAGACUUCCUCUGCCUAGUAGUGAAGGAGAUACACAGGAUGCUAUUGACGCGUUAUUAAUCGAUGUGGUGGAUUCAUUUCCAAUUGAAGCAAAGAUUAUAAAAGAGGAAACUCAGAAAGAUACGGAUCGUAGAAAACUCAUAGUAAACGGGGUACUGAUGAGGAGACACCGAGUAGUAAUACCUACCAAAUUGCGUAAUAAGAUAUUACUAGAGUUGCAUAUGGGACACUUUGGUAUGACCAAAAUGAAGGGCUUAGCGGGAAGUUAUCUUUGGUGGUCUGGUCUGGAUCAAGAUAUUGAAAAUAUCGUUAAAAACUGCGCAAAUUGCAACAUGUGUAAAAACUCUUCGGAAAAAGUAGUUCAUUGCUGGGAAGAGGCUACGGAACCAUUCCAAAGAGUACAUGUGGGUCAUUCCAUAUCAGAUUUACAACCAAAAUUUUGA